CCUUGCCUUUCUCGAUUUUCUUUUUGCAGGAGGAAAAAAAUUAAUUCGCGUACGAUAAUAUUUUCUGCUCCUCGCCCUCUUCUCGUCGGCUUCGCCUUUCCUAAUUCCGCGAGAUCGAGACCUAAUGGCGGUGGAGGAGGCGGCGGAGAGCUGCGGCAGCCACGCGGCGGCGGCCGGCGGGGGUGGCGGAGGUGGGGCCCCGUCGUCUUCGUCGGCGUCAGCUGGGGGAGGGGCGCAGGCGAGGAAGCAGCAGCAGCAGCAGCGGCACAAGCUGGAGGUGUACACUGAGGUGCUGCGGCGGCUGCAGGACAGCGGCGUGGCCGAGGCGCGGCGGGAGGGGUUCGACGACGGGCUCUGGAACCACUUCAACCGCCUGCCCGCACGCUACGCGAUGGAUGUGAACGUGGAGAGGGCGGAGGACGUGCUGACGCACAAGCGGCUCUUGGAGCAGGCGAAGGAUCCGGCGCAGAGGCCGGCUUUCGCCGUGCGGGCCGUGCAGGUGUCUCCGAUUCUUGAUGGGAAUCAGACUGAUGCUGAUUCGAACACUGCAGGGGAGGAAGUUGCUUCAAAGCUGUUGAACAGGCAACAAAGCAUUCACCCUCCUCCUGCCUUUGGUUCAUCUACAAAUCUCGAGGCCCUUGCUCUUGAGGCUAGCAAGUCCCAAGGGCAAGAUCAUGAUAGCACCUCAGAUAAUGUUAAUUACAGACCCAUGCAUGAAAUCACCUUCUCCACCAUUGACAAGCCAAAGCUUCUCAGCGAGCUCACAUCCCUGCUUGGCGAACUUGGUCUAAACAUUCAAGAAGCACAUGCGUUUUCAACAAAUGAUGGCUACUCACUCGAUGUUUUUGUUGUUGUUGGUUGGCAUGAUGAGGAAACCGAAGAUUUAAUAGAAUCAGUACAGAAAGAAAUUGGCAAGAUUGAUGAGACGCAGGGAUGGUCUACAUCUCAUUCAUGGUCUUCUCCAGUUGAAAAUAUGCAGAUCGGAGAGAAUUCAGCAGCUGACCAUGUUGAAAUACCUAGAGAUGGUGCUAGUGAAUGGGAGAUCGAUGUAAAGCUACUCAAGUUUGGGAAUAAAGUAGCAUCCGGAUCAUAUGGUGAUCUUUACCGGGGUACAUAUUGCAGUCAAGAUGUUGCUAUUAAAGUGCUCAAACCUGAGAGGAUAAAUUCAGACAUGCAGCGUGAAUUUGCCCAGGAAGUAUAUAUUAUGAGGAAGGUUCGCCACAAGAAUGUUGUACAAUUUAUUGGUGCAUGCACUAAACCCCCAAAUCUAUGUAUUGUCACAGAAUAUAUGUCAGGUGGGAGUGUCCAUGACUAUCUGCAUAAGCAUAAAGGUGUAUUCAAACUCCCUGCUUUACUAGGAGUUUCAGUGGAUGUUUCAAAGGGCAUGAGCUACUUGCACCAAAAUAAUAUUAUUCAUCGAGAUUUGAAAACUGCUAAUCUCCUUAUGGAUGAAAAUGGGACAGUUAAGGUUGCUGAUUUUGGUGUUGCACGUGUUAAAGCUCAAUCUGGAGUAAUGACUGCAGAAACAGGGACAUAUCGUUGGAUGGCUCCAGAGGUUAUAGAACACAAGCCCUAUGAUCACAAGGCUGAUGUUUUUAGUUUUGGAAUUUUGAUGUGGGAACUGCUCACAGGGAAGAUUCCUUAUGAGUACCUGACACCAUUACAAGCAGCUGUAGGUGUGGUCCAGAAGGGUUUACGGCCUACAAUACCAAAAAAUGCUCACGCAAAACUUUCCGAGCUUCUUCAGAAAUGUUGGCAACAGGAGCCUGCUGAAAGGCCAGAUUUCUCUGAAAUUUUAGAAACUCUUCAGAGAAUAACAGAGGAGGUCGGUGAUGACCAUGAUGGAAAGCACAAGGAGAAAAUACUGGGCGGACUCUUUUCAGCUUUGAGGGCGCGUGGCCACUGAAUGGUGGGGAUGUACAUGUUGUCAGUCCAUAUGGAAGGGCCUGAGCUUUGAUCAGCGUCAGUUCCUCGGCACGUGCAGCGCCAGUAGCUCAGUACAUUGAGAUAUAGGCCCGCUGCAGUCAACUGAAUGAGCAAUUUUCAGAUGCAGGUCCAUCAAGCUAUUGACUGUUAUACUUUUUUGGCUUACAACUUCCAAAUUCCAUUACAUAUGUAACAUAGGAAGAGUUGUCUUGAACUGUACAUUAUUGGUCUGAUUCUUCUACUAACGAGUUGUAACAUGCAAUUGAAUAAGAAGCCAAAUUCAGGGCGUGUAUUAUUCUUCCA